ACACAACAUACGUCAUACGCACAUCCUGUAACACCUGUACGUACGAACCGCGUUUUCUACCAGCCGUCAAAUCAUCUCUCGCAUAAUCGGGACGUUAGCAGCCGAUUAGAGAUUUAGAGUCCUCGUUUCACAACAAAACGCGCAAAAACACGGCUAUCUCAUGUGAGCUACUUAAGCUUUCAUUUCAUGCGCAUACGUACGCAUAUGUAUAUAGCCGCGUAUAUAUACGUAUGUACGCUGCACCUGAAUAGAAUCUCGCAUAUAUGCGCAUAUAUUUUUGUAGAGCGCCCUGGCUCGCUCCUGAAUCGCUCGGGGAACGCUUUUAUCCCGCGAUUGAUCGAACGCCACGCGCUGCCCCGCGUCCGGAACUCCCGAUCGCCGAUCUCUCUCUCCCUCGCCGCCGCGCGGCCGUGUUUAUUACCUUAUACGUUGGUAAGAAUGGGCGAGAAGCGGUGCCGUGGCGAAGUGGUGUGCGAUUAGAAAUUUGCCGUCGGCGGGGCGUCGUACGGCGCGCGUGAGGUGCGGAUUUUCGCGCGAGGAAAUGCGCGACGGCCGUUCGCCCGUUGCCGCACGACAAAUGAUAUUACGCGUCCACGCGGAGUGGACCGCGCACGUUGGAUCGGCACAAUUAUGAGAAGGGACCUGUGCUGCACGUCUCGCCCGAGAGUCCAAUGCUGUUCUGAGGGGAGCGCGGCACCCGGGCUCGUAUGUACGUUUGGGACAAUUUCGAGAAUCCUGCCUACAGGGUUUUGCGGCGAUCGCGAGUAGAGCGUGUCGCGCGUAUCAUGAAUAAUAUUCCCGUUCUACAUUAUUCUGGCAAUUUGAUUAUGUAACUCACGUUGGAUUAUUGACCUAAAACCUUGGUAAACUUGUUUUUAAUGACAUCACUGGAAUGCAGGAAUGUAGUCAGCAUAGCAGAGAGGUGGUGUCGAGAAGGUGGUUGACCCGCCUUCAUAUAUUUGAGAUGAUUGAAAGUGUAUCACGCAGAGCGUUGAGUGGCUCCAGUGGGAGCUACCACGUUCGUGGUGCUGAAUUAGCGAGGAACCGCAGGCUAAAAUCUUUAUCAGCCACCGUUACUUUCCUAGAUGAUACACAGCAUACAUUUCAAUUAGAUAAACGAGCAAAAGGACAAGUUUUAUUGGACUUGGUGUUUCAACAUUUAGAACUUAUUGAAAAGGAUUACUUUGGUUUACAAUAUGCUGAAAAUGGAGUUAGCACAACUAAUCCUACGUCUGAUAUAAUGAGAUGGCUGGAUCCCUCUAAACCUGUGAAAAAGCAGAUAAGAAGUAAGGGCGGACAUUUCUUUUUUAGAGUAAAAUUUUAUGUAUCCGACCCUAGUAAACUACAAGAAGAAUAUACCAGAUAUCAAUUUUAUUUACAAAUACGUAGAGAUAUUCUUCAAGGAAAACUUCAAUUGCCACCCAGUACGGCUUGUUUAAUUGCUAGUUAUACGGUUCAGUCGGAAUUAGGAGAUUAUCAUCCAGAGGAACAUGGAUCAGGCUAUCUUUCACAAUUACAAUUGAUACCUGGACAAACAGAAGAAAUGGAAAAGAAGAUAUCAGAGUUACAUAAACUGCACAAGGGACAAUUGCCAGCUGAUGCAGAAUUUAACUUCUUAGAUCAUGCAAAACGUUUAGAUAUGUAUGGGGUGGAAUUACAUAAAGCAAGGGAUUCAACAAACAAAGAAAUACAGUUGGGUGUUACAUCAAUUGGUCUGGUUGUAUUUCAGAAUGGCAUAAAAAUCAAUGUAUUUUCGUGGUCAAAAAUAGUUAAGAUCUCUUUUAAAAGAAAACAAUUUUUUAUACAGCUUCGACGAGAACAAUCUGAAAACUACGAUACAUUAUUGGGUUUUAAUAUGCAAACCUAUCGUAGUUCCAAAAAUUUAUGGAAAGCUUGUGUUGAACACCAUACCUUCUUUAGACUUCACAGCCCGAAAAUGCGACCAAAACGGUUCCCCCUUACUUUAAGUAGUAGAUUCACAUAUUCAGGACGUACAGAAUUUCAAACAGUUGAAGAUGGGAAGCACAGAGCACGUGUGGAAAGGACAUUUAUACGGUCACCUAGCAAAAAAAUUGCUCAUACCAUUGCAUCGGCGCCUGUUACUGAAGACAAAGGAAAACUGAUACCUCCUGGUAGACCUGCACGAUCUUACGACAAUAAGGUUCAGUCCCUCGGUGCUCGUGAACCUCGUCAAGCAUGGGGUGAAGGAAAUCCAAGUGAUGAUGAAGGUGGUUUUUUAUCUUUGAGGGAAGAAAUAACAGGAAGCUAUACGCAAGGUGGAGCGUUUUCUCCAGCGUUAGGAUCUCGAGUGUUCACUUAUGCAGACGAUGAUACGACUGCUGAAAGAAACAUUUACGAUUUGCCAGACUACAGCGAACCUACUAGUUCACCAGCCCCACAAAUAUUAGAAGAUGGUUUAGUAACCAUAUCUCUCACACCAGAUGAACAAGGUCGUUUUGGUUUUAAUGUAAAAGGUGGAUUAGAUUUGGAUAUGCCAAUCUUAGUGUCACGAGUAGCACCGAAUACACCUGCCGAUCGUUGUUAUCCAAAAUUGAAUGAAGGAGAUCAGGUUGUUUAUAUCAAUGGAAUCGAUGUGAAUGGUUUGUUGCAUGAACGCGUAGUAAAUUUAAUACGGCAAUCACGCGAUCGCGGGUCUGGUGAGCUCACUUUAACAGUCAGACCCAAUGCUCUGUAUAAUGCAUUGGCUGGUACUGACGAGACGUCCGAAGAAGAACCGCCUUAUAGGUAUGUACCUGAUGCGCCUCACGCAGCUAUUGGAUCUGACGCACUGGCUCAAUCUAUGUUACUGCUUGCGGACGGUCUAGCAAGCGGUGCUCUUAUCGCACAGUAUGAACAGUUAUACAGAAAAAAUCCGGAACUUACGUCACUUGAAUCGAAAAAGCCAGAAAAUCAAUCAAAAAAUCGCUAUCGAGAUAUUUCACCAUAUGACGUUACUCGAGUAAUCUUGAUGGGAUCUGUAAAUGGCGAUUAUAUCAAUGCCAAUUAUGUGAACAUGGAAAUACCAGGUUCAGGUAUUAUUAACAGGUAUAUCGCCACGCAGGGUCCCUUGUCUUCCACCGUUGCCGACUUUUGGCAGAUGGUUUUAGAAGCGGGUAGUACGCUUGUUGUUAUGCUGACAACCCUAGUUGAACGUGGUCGUGCGAAAUGUCAUCAAUACUGGCCGGCAUAUAACGAGACUCUCACGUUACGAAAUCUCACACUUACGUCGACUGCAGAAAAUGUCGAGGAUACAUUUAUUUUUAGAGAAUUCAUACUUCGCGAUGUUAAUACUGGAGAGGAAAGAGAUAUAACACAUAUGCAGUAUUGCAGCUGGCCUGAUCACGGAGUGCCCAGUGAUUGGCGACAAUUUACUACGUUCACAGAACGCGUUAGAGCAGCUCGUACUGGAAUAGUCGAACCUGCGGUUGUGCAUUGCUCUGCUGGAAUAGGCCGAACCGGUGUAUUAGUUUUAAUGGAAACUGCAUUGUGUUUAAUUGAAGCUAAUCAACCAGUGUAUCCAUUAGAUAUUGUACGCUCUAUGAGAGAUCAGAGAGCAAUGAUGAUACAGAAUGCUAGUCAAUAUAGAUUUGUGUGUGAAGCAGUUCAUAAAGCCUAUAACGAAGGGAUAGCCAAGCCACUUCCAGAGUUUAGUAGAUGAAAAUAAAAAUUCAAGAGAUGAGGCAGCAUUUUGUAAUUAUACCAUUUCUUCUCUCACAUCUUGCAUCAAGCAUCAUGCCAUUAGAAAGUAGUUUUAUACUUUGACAAUAACAUAUAAUAUAUAUUUAAUAUAGCAUAUCCUAGUAAGAAAGAGCAGACUUUACUGCGUAAAAUAUAUAUCUCAUUUACACAACUGACGUCCAGUUCUCAUUCACUACUGUAAAAUCUCUAUUUCUUUUUAUUAUACACAGAAGAUCUAUUUAGUAUUUUAGUGAUUUAUUUCAUUUCUUUAUGCAAAACAUUCGUUUUGUACAAAAUGUGAUCAUAUUUUUUUUGUCGCGAGUAUUAAUGCUUUACAAUAAUUUAAAAUAUUUCUAUGAGACACGUAUUUAAAGAGCCUCAAAAGAGUAAUACGUACUAUGAUAUAUUACUAAACUUGUAACAUAAAUAGAUUUACUUUAUAUAUAUUAUAACAAAACAUUGUAAGAUAUAACGUAUAUUUACAAAAGUUUAAUUGUAGAUUAAAUGAAUCGUGAUUAAUUUAAAAAUUAAUAUAUAUUUGCAUAUAUCGCCUUAUAUAUUGUCUUUUUUGGAUAUUGUAUCUUGUAGAAAUAUUUUAAAUUUAGCUUAAGUAAAUUUUGAUGUAUUAAGUGAAAGUUACUAUUAAUUAACAGAAACUGCUUUAUAUACUGUCUAAUGCAAAUAUCUGCACAUAUAUUAACAUUAACUUACUUAGAUGAUUUAAAAUUAAUUUCUUAAUUUGCGAAAAUUUGCCACACGCAUUAUGAUUUAGUGAAAACUUUUUAAUUUUCAUUAUUAGAUAUAAUGAAAAAAAUCAUGAGAUCAACAAAAGGAAAAAUAAUAUUAAUGCAUAAAUUAAUAUAUUUACAAAUUUGAAGUACAAUUAUGAAAAUAAUGGAUAGAAAGUUUAGAUACCAUGACAUAAAUAAAAGGAGUAUUGCACGCGAUUUAACAAGAUAUACACAAAUUAAGAAAUUUAAUAUACUAGUUAUUUAAUUAUCGCGUCAACUGUGAAUGGAUUUGAAGGAAUUUGGAAGUAAUUUCUCUGCAACACAAAAGUUCUGAAUACGUAACUAUAAAGCUAUCAAAAAUGAAAAAAUGUAAUAAUAACUGCAUCAAAUUUACACUCUACAUCGAUCGACUGCAAAUUCAUCAAAAAAACUGUCAUUAACAAUUGACGCGAUUUUACGAUUUUGUAAUUGCGAAACUUUGUCCAUCCUACAUAAAGAAAUAAUCAUACAGAAACUAUUUAAAGGCACAGGGCGAAGUACAAUCUUCAAUAUUGGCAGCUUGCAGGAAACUAUAGCUUGUACACAUGAAGAAUAUGGUUGUAUUCGAAAUGAAUCAAAAAAUCAUGUGAAAGCGUGAAAGUUAUUUCAGCUUGUUUUUUAUUAUAUGAUAUUAAGCAGUCAAGACAAUUUAAAAAGUGUCACUUUUAACUAAGAACGUUUUGCAUUCUUUGAAAAAAAUGCAAUUGAUCAAAAUAUACGUGUAACUGGUUUUUCUAGAUAGGUACUAUUAAAAUUACAGAAUUAUAAUUCUCUUAUCAUUAAAUGUUUAUUAUAAAUGUGAGGCACUGUAUUGUCUAAUAGAUAGAUAUUUACGCGAUUUCACAUAUUAUUUAUUUUUCACACAGUGAAUCAGAUAGAUACAUUAACAUACAUAUCCCUCGUUACAUGAAGCUUUCAAUUUUCUAGUUUAAUUUCACGAAUCUCACGAGUUCUUUUCAUUAUAUAUUUACUGGACUUCUUAAUAUAAUACCUCAUCGUAUGUAUUAACACCAGCAUUUUAUAAUCUAUUUUUGUAUUAAUACAAACUGGUACUACAAUAAAUAUUAUUAGAACAAUGGUCUAUAAUCUUUCAUGUGUGGUCAAAAGAAUAGAAGUUUUGUCUGUCUUUAAAUUACAGUAAUUUUUCCUUUCUGAUUAAUUCACUCUUUCUUUCUCUUCAGCAAAACUGUCUACCUACUAAGAUUGACUUGUAUUCUUUUUACAGUGCAUGAAAGAACGGAAAAAUGAAACGAUGUCUAUCUUUAUGUCAAUAUGCAGUCGAUAUACAGUAAAUAUAAUUUGACAAAUCAAAAAAUUGUGAAUUAUUUUAAUAUAUGGGAAAAAAAUUAAGGAACGCCACUAAUAUAUAUUAUAAAAUAUGUACAUAUUAGAAAACAAAAUUGUGUGUAUAUUUGUGUGUGGAUUACCUUUCAAUGUUUGUUUUAUGGUUCGUCCUGCAAUAUUUUCACGAUCUGUAUUUUAUUAUAUAUUGUGUACAAAAAUCAACAUUUUGUGUACAAUUUGUAUAUGUUUGAAUUCAACAUACACACACAUGAACAAUACAAACCGAUUAGAUUGUCAAUAUAUUAAAAUAAAAAAAACUGAUGCCAUAAAAAAGUGCAAAGUGUGCAUAUGUGGAGAAAGAAUUUUCAAUACAUACAGCAAAGAAAAUAAAAAUAAUUAUGUGUAAUGAAUUUAUUAUCUACAAAUGGACAUCAAGAGUUAUGCGUUACAAAUUCACUUAUUAUUUAACUUCAAAUAAUUAUACAAUUGCUGUGUAAAUACUAUACACAAUUCUCUACUCAAAUAUUUUUUGUCUAUGCAAAUGAAAAUAUUUUUAAUUAAAUAUAUGUUAUUACGUCAAUGUCUUUACACUUUGCAAUAUACAUAUAUUACAUUAAAAUAUUUUUCCAAAAUUUAUUCGAUGUAUUGUGCAUGUCGAUUAUAUAUAGAAAUAAGUAAUAAAAAUACUUCAAUUUAUUUUAGAUACAUUUACAUACCAUAAUCAGUCAAAAUUUUAGACUGUAGUGCCUUGUACAUAUUCUCCCCAUAAACGCAGUCAUGUUAAAUACGAACUAAAUAAUAUUUGAUGAUUAUGUGUUGCUUGUGUUGUAAAAUGUUACUUUCAAAUAUUAAUUAACAUAUAAACAACCAUAAGUAUAAGUCCCACAAAUCUUGAUGGUAAUAAAAUUUAUAGAUGUCUAGUCUCGUUCCUAUAUACUUUUGGAAUAUAAAAUAAAACUAUUAUGAAACAGU